UGCAGGAAGGAGGACCUGCGAGUCCGGAACGAGCAGAGUCUGAAGUGGACCUGAGCCGGGACUCAGAGACCGGUUGUUGGUUCGGGUCUGUCUGAGCGGGUCAUCCUCUGAGACCAGGACCAGGAGGAGAAUCUCAGUGACAGAACCGAACUUUUCGGGGUUUACUGUAGAACCUGUUCGGGCGGAACCUGAGUGAGAGCGAGCAGCGGCCAUCAUUGCAGCACGGCGGCGGCUGCAGACAUGUCAGUCUUCACUCAGUUGGGUCUGCUGCUAUGGAAGAACUUCACCUACAGACGAAGACAGACGCUCCAGCUCCUGGUGGAAAUCAUCUGGCCGCUCUUCAUCUUCUUCAUCCUCAUCACCGUGCGGCUGAACUACCCUCCAUAUGAGCAACAUGAGUGUCAUUUUCCUAACAAGGCGAUGCCGUCAGCCGGAACGCUGCCCUGGGUUCAGGGAAUCCUCUGCAACGCCCACAACCCCUGCUUCAAGAACACCACACCGGGCGAGUCUCCGGGCAUCGUCGGGAACUUCAACGACUCCAUAAUUUCUCGCCUGUUUUCGGACGUGAAGAAGAUCCUCUUGUACAGUCAGAAUGAUAAGAACCUGGAGGGUUUCAAGGAGCUGGCCCGGGCCCUGGAGAUUUUGCAGAACAGCCGCUCAGGCUUCAAGUUGAAGCAUUUCCUGCGAGACAAUGAGACUCUGUCGAGCUUUCUGCUGAGGAACGCCUCUCUGCCCCAGCACACCGUUCAGCAGAUCACUGAGGCCACCAUCAACCUGGAGAAGGUACUCCUCAGAGGUUUGGGGGCCCACCUGAGGGACAUGUGUCCCAGGAACGGCGGGAGCCAGAAUUUGUCGGACUUUGUGACCAUCUCGGACCAGCGGGUGCUGUCUCUGGUGCAGGACAUCAUCUGUGAGGCGCAGCCCGAGUGGCUGAAUCACGCUGAGGAGAACUUUAUGAGCAACCUGGACUUCUUCAAACCAAUCCGGAGGGAGGUCCGGUCGGACCCGGUGGCGAUCCAGCAGGUCGCCAGAGCCACCAACAACCUUCUGGACAGUCUGGGUUCUCUGGCUGUGGAGUUGGCCGGGAUGAAGAGCUGGGUGGACCUGAGGAAUGAGAUCAUCUUCCUGACUCGGAACGCCACCUCAUCACCCAGCACCAUGUACCAAGCGGUCUCCAGGAUCGUGUGCGGUCACCCCGAAGGCGGCGGUCUGCAGAUCAAGUCUCUGAACUGGUACGAGGACAGCAACUACAAGGCCCUGUUCGGGAACCACAACAGCAGCGAGGACGAGGCCUCUUCGCUCUAUGACAACUCCUCCACUCCCUUCUGUAACAACCUGGUGAAGAACAUGGACUCAAACCCGAUGUCCCGGAUGAUCUGGCAGGCUCUGAAACCUCUGUUGCUGGGGAAGAUCCUGUACACCCCCCACACCCCUGCCACACAGCGGAUCAUCCACGAGGUGAACCGCACCUUUCAGGAGCUCGGUGUGUUCAGGGACCUGGGUGGCAUAUGGGAGGAGAUGAGACCCAAGGUCUGGGACUUCAUGGAAAACAGCCAGCAGAUGGACCUGAUCAGGAUGCUGCUGAAGAACAACAUCACUGCCAGAUUCUUCCAUGCUCAGCUCGCCACCACUGAUUGGACGGUGGCCGAUGUGACAAAGUUCCUGUCCAAGCUUCCGUCAGAGAAGCUCGACGGCGCCCUCACCUGGAGGGAGGUGUUUAACGAGACCGACCAGGCCAUCAUGAGCAUCUCUCGCUUCAUGGAGUGUGUGAACCUGGACAAGCUGGAGCCGGUCUCCACCGAGGAGCGGCUCGUUAACCAGUCCAUGCUGUUGCUGGAGGACAGGAAGUUCUGGGCGGGGAUCGUGUUCCCUGAGAUCGCUCCAAACACCACCGCACUCCCGGCGAAACUCAAUUACAAGAUCCGGAUGGACAUCGACAACGUGGAGCGGACCAACAAGAUCAAAGACGCGUACUGGGACCCAGGUCCUCGUGCCGACCCAUUUGAGGACAUGCGGUACAUCUGGGGCGGGUUCUUGUAUCUGCAAGAUGUGAUCGAGCAGGGCAUCAUCAGAGCGCUGACAGGCACCAGAGAGAAAACCGGAGUGUACAUCCAGCAAAUGCCAUACCCCUGCUACGUGGACGACAUCUUCCUGCGGGUGAUGAGCCGCUCCAUGCCGCUCUUCAUGACGCUGGCCUGGAUGUAUUCGGUGUCCAUCAUCCUUAAGAGCGUGGUGUAUGAGAAGGAGGCCCGGCUGAAGGAGACCAUGAGGAUUAUGGGUCUGGAUAACGGUAUCCUGUGGUUCAGCUGGUUCAUUAGCAGCCUGGUUCCUCUGCUGAUCAGCGCUGGACUGCUGGUGCUGGUGCUCAAGAAGGGGAACCUGCUGCCUUAUAGUGACCCAGGCAUCAUCUUCCUCUUCCUGGGAUCUUACGCCGUGGUCACCAUCAUGCAGUGUUUCCUCAUAAGCACGUUGUUUUCUCGUGCUAACCUGGCUGCCGCCUGCGGAGGAAUCAUCUACUUCACCCUCUACCUGCCAUACGUCCUCUGCGUGGCCUGGCAGGACUACAUCGGCUACGGAGCCAAAGUCUUCGCUAGCCUGCUGUCCCCUGUGGCGUUCGGGUUUGGCUGCGAGUACUUUGCACUGUUUGAGGAGCAGGGAGUUGGUAUCCAGUGGGAGAACCUGGUGUCAAGUCCCCUUCAGGAGGACGAAUUCAGCCUUCGUACCACCAUCAUCGUCAUGUACUUUGACUCCUUCCUGUACGGAGUCCUCACCUGGUACAUCGAAGCUGUGUUUCCAGGUCAGUAUGGGAUCCCUCGACCAUGGUACUUUCCCUUCACCAAGUCCUACUGGUUUGGAGAGGAUGGGAAGUCCAAUAAAGUCCCUCUGAACCGGAAAGGAAACGCUUCAGGUGAGAAUGGACCGCAGAGUGGAGCCCCAACUCAUCACACAUUAACAUUUCAAGAACAUCUGCAACCAUCAAACCAAGAAGACAAAACCAAACACAUCGUGAAGUUUUUACUUUGAAAGUUAAAGUGUCUGCACCUGUUCCCAGCUGUGUGUGUGGAGGAGGAGCCAAGUCACCUGGAGCCAGGAGUCUACAUCGAGAACCUGGUGAAGGUCUACCGUCACGGUAAAAAGCUGGCAGUGGACGGACUAACGCUGGGAUUCUAUGAGGGACAAAUCACGUCUUUCCUGGGACACAACGGAGCCGGGAAAACCACCACAAUGUCCAUCUUGACUGGCCUGUUCCCACCCACCUCCGGCACCGCCUACAUCCUGGGUAAAGACAUCCGGUCAGAGCUGAGCAUUAUCAGACAGAGUCUUGGUGUCUGUCCACAGCACAACGUCCUCUUCAGCAUGUUGACUGUAGAGGAGCACAUUUGGUUCUACGCUCGGCUUAAAGGCCUGUCAGAGGAGCAGGUCAAAGGUGAGAUCGAGCACAUUCUGCAGGACACAGGGCUGCCGCACAAACGCAAGUCCAGGACCAGCACUCUCUCAGGGGGCAUGCAGAGGAAGCUGUCUGUGGCUCUAGCCUUUGUUGGGGGGUCGAAGGUGGUGAUCCUGGAUGAGCCCACAGCCGGUGUCGACCCCUAUGCUCGUAGAGGGAUCUGGGACCUGCUGCUGAAGUACAGACAGGGUCGGACCAUUAUCCUGUCAACGCACCACAUGGACGAGGCGGACAUCCUGGGCGACCGCAUCGCUAUCAUCUCCCACGGAAAGCUGUGCUGCGUAGGUUCAUCUCUGUACCUGAAGAACCAGCUCGGGACGGGAUACUACCUGACACUGGUGAAAAAGGACCCAGAGACAUCGCUAAGCUCCUGCAGGAACUCGUCCAGCACCGUGUCCUUCAGCAAGAAGGAUGAGGAGAGCGCCUCGGUCAGCAGUAGUGACGCAGGACUCGGCAGCGAACAUGAAAGUGAGGCAGCCACCAUCGAGAACGGCCCCGCAGCGUCCAUCUGCACCAACCCCUUUGUCCCGCCCGACGCGUCCAUGGUGUCGGCUCUGAUCUUGCGGCACGUUCCGGCCGCUCGUCUGGUGGAGGACCUGGGGCACGAGCUCACCUACAUUCUCCCGUACAGCGCUGCUAAAGACGGAGCCUUCGUGGAGCUCUUCAAAGACCUGGACCUAAAGCUGCAUGACCUCGGCAUCUCCAGCUACGGAGUGUCUGACACCACACUGGAGGAGAUUUUCUUAAAAGUGGCUGAAGAUAACGGAGUUGACACUGAAGUCCCCUCAGAUGGGACACUUCCUGUUCGGAGGCGGAGAAGGACUCACGCCUUCGGGGGUGGAGACCACCAGAGCUGCCUAAGACCGAUACGGGAGGACGACGACAACGAGUGCAACGACUCGGAUGGAGAUGCCGACUGCAGGGAAACAGACUGGUUGAGCUGCACCGAUGGUAAAGGCUCUUAUCAGGUGAAUGGGUGGAGCCUGAAGAGGCAGCAGUUCGUGGCACUGAUGUGGAAACGCUUCCUGUACGCUCGGCGCUCCAGAAAGGGCUUCUUUGCUCAGAUUGUUCUUCCGGCCGUGUUCGUCUGCAUCGCCCUCGUCUUCAGUCUCAUCGUGCCGCCGUUUGGAAAGUAUCCGAGUCUGGAGCUGCAGCCGUGGAUGUACGAGGACCAGGUCACCUUUAUCAGCGAUGACGCUCCUGGAGACACCAACAUGCAGAAGUUACUAAAUGCUCUGAUGGACCCUCCUGGUUUCGGCACUCGCUGCAUGGACGGAUAUUCCAUCCCAGAGGCCCCUUGUACGAUGGGCGAUGAAGACUGGCACACCCCUGAUGUCCCAGAGAGCAUCCAGCAGCUGUUCAGCUCCAGAAACUGGACCAUGGCGAACCCGUCCCCAGACUGUUCCUGCACCACCAACGGCAGGAAGAGGAUGCUGCCAGAAUGUCCCGAUGGAGCCGGAGGUCUCCCCCCACCUGAGAUUAAACUGAGCGCCACCGACACGCUGCAGAACCUGACAGGAAGGAACAUCUCAGACUACCUGGUGAAGACGUACACUCAGAUCAUCGGAAAGAGCCUGAAGAACAAAGUCUGGGUGAAUGAGUUCAGGUAUGGAGGCUUCUCAUUGGGCGCCAGGAGCAUGCAGGUCCUCCCACCGGCCAAUGAGAUUGAUGAUGCCAUCGAGAGAGUCAGAAAGAUCUUUGAGCUUCAGAAGGGAGCAGCUGCAGAUCGAUUCCUGGACAAUCUGUCUGGCUUCAUCAAUGGCCUCGACACCAAAAACAAUGUAAAGAUCUGGUUUAACAACAAAGGCUGGCACAGCGUUGCAGCGUUUAUCAACGUGAUGAGUAAUGGCAUCCUAAGAGCAAACCUGCCGCCAGGUAAAGAGGCCAGCAGGUACGGCAUCAACGCCUUCAACCACCCACUGAACCUGACCAAAGAGCAGCUGUCCCAGGUCGCCCUGGUAACAACCUCUGUGGACGUCUUGGUAUCCAUCUGUGUCAUCUUUGCCAUGUCCUUCGUCCCUGCAAGCUUCGUGGUCUUCCUCAUCCAGGAGCGCGUCAGUAAAGCCAAACACAUGCAGUUCAUCAGCGGCGUCCAUCCGCUGCUCUACUGGCUGGCCAACUUCAUGUGGGACAUGUUAAACUACUUUGUCCCAGCAAUACUCGUCAUCCUCAUCUUCAUCUGCUUCCAACAAAAAGCCUAUGUAUCGUCCAGCAACCUUCCAGUGCUCGCUCUGCUGCUGCUGCUCUAUGGAUGGUCCAUCACGCCGCUCAUGUACCCCGCCUCCUUCUUCUUUAAGGUCCCCAGCACGGCGUACGUCGUUCUCACCAGCAUCAACAUCCUCAUCGGCAUCAACGGCAGCAUCUCCACUUUCGUCAUGGAGCUGUUCGGAGACCACGAAAUCGGCGGCAUUAACGACAUCUUGAAGAACGUCCUCCUCAUCUUCCCUCACUUCUGUCUCGGUCGAGGUCUUAUUGAUAUGGUGAAGAACCAGGCGAUGGCCGACGCCCUCGAGAGAUUUGGUGAGAACAGGUUCCGCUCUCCGCUGGAGUGGGACAUGGUGGGAAGGAACCUGCUCGCCAUGGCUGUAGAGGGUGUGGUGUUCUUCAUCAUCACUAUUCUCAUCCAGUACCGCUUCUGCAUCAAGCCCAAGCCAGUCAGUAAACUCACAAAACUGGGAGUGCUGGGAGAAGAAGAUGAGGAUGUGGCUCGAGAGAGACAUCGGAUUGUCCAGGGCCUCGGCCAGGGAGACAUCCUGGAGCUCCGGCAGCUCACAAAGGUGUUUAAAAGGAAGCAGAAGCCGGCUGUGGAUCGACUGUGUGUUGGGAUUCCACCUGGAGAGUGUUUCGGUCUGCUCGGAGUGAACGGAGCCGGGAAAACAACCACGUUCAAGAUGCUGACAGGAGACACCAUGGUGACCAGCGGUGAGGCCUUCUUGGCUGGGAAGAGCAUCCUCAGGGAGAUUGACGAGGUCCAUCAGAACAUGGGCUACUGUCCUCAGUUUGAUGCCAUCAACGAUCUGCUGACAGGAAGAGAACACCUAGAGCUGUACGCCAUCCUCAGAGGCGUCCCCGAGAAGGAAGUCUGUGACGUGGCAGAGUGGGGCAUCAGGAAGUUGAGUCUGCUGAAGUAUUCAGAUAAACGGGCUGGAAGUUACAGCGGAGGAAACCUGAGGAAGCUGUCUACGGCCAUCGCUCUGAUCGGAGCGCCACCAGUCGUUUUCCUGGACGAACCCACCACUGGCAUGGACCCCAAGGCCCGCCGAGCCCUCUGGAACUGCAUCCACAGCAUCAUCAAGGAGGGACGUUCUGUCGUCCUCACCUCCCACAGUAUGGAGGAGUGUGAAGCUCUGUGCACCAGGAUGGCAAUCAUGGUGAACGGCAGGUUCAGAUGUCUUGGCAGUGUCCAACACCUGAAGAACAGGUUUGGUGAUGGGUACACCAUCAUUCUGCGGGUGGCGGGACCCGACCCGGACCUCCUUCCCGUCAUGAAGUUCAUAGAGAGCGAGCUGAGCGGCAGCACGCUGAAGGAGAAGCACCGCAACAUGCUGCAGUACCAGCUGCCGUCGUCGCUCACAUCGCUCGCCCACAUCUUCUCCAUCCUCGCCAAGAACAAGGACACGCUCAGGAUCGAGGACUACUCCGUCACUCAGACCACGCUGGAUCAGGUGUUUGUGAACUUUGCGAAGGACCAAAGUGACGACUACGUGUCCAAAGAUGCAUCAGUGAGGCGGAAAGAUGUCACCAUCAACAUUUCAGCGUUAGGCUCCACCCACGGAGCCACCGAGGGAGGGGGUGGACAGCAGGAGAGCGUCAUGUGACCAUGACUCAUGUCAAGUGACGUUAGAAGGCGGAGUAUCAUCAGCCUGGACUCGACCUGCAGCGUAGAGGACGCCUCCUCCUCGCCUGCUGUGAUGUCGCACUGAUUUGAACAUGGCGGUAGGCGGAGCCACCAGCCACCCGAUGCCAGUCAAUGCAAAUGAUGUGCUGUGGAGGCGACGAGCGGCUCGGAGUUAAAAACUUGAACAACGAUGAAGAAUCCGAAUCAUUUCAAACGGCCGAGGGCUCGACUGCAAAAUCAGUUUUUAUCAAACUUUGAUUCUGUUUUUAUUCUCAGACUUUUAUUUAUUUUUGUAGCUGGAACAGAAACACGUAAUCUGUUUUACUUUGGCGGUGUCCACACCGUUUCCUGUAGUGUUAACAGCCAAUCAGAGCGCUCGAUACAAAGAAAAUUAUCUUAUUGGGUUUUUUUAACGACAGAG